UAAUUUCGUUUAAACUGAACGGCGCUGCUCAGACUCCUGACACCACACAAAUGUUCCCAUCCUGAAUCCCUCCCAGUGGCUAUAAACUCGUGGUGCUGGGGCUUCCUGCCCUUCCUCUGCCUAUUUUUCAUGUCACAAGCCAAACUCCCUCAACCCACUUCACCGUUUCUCAGCACUGGAUCACAACUGCUUUUUGCCUGCAGUUUUCUGUGGGGUUUUCUGUGGGGUCUGUGUUUCAUUUCCCAUCACAGUGGUGGUGACUGAUGGGGGUCAGGGUCCCUGGGGCGCUGUGCGUGGUGUCCCCAGGGAGGUUUGAGGCUGCUGCGUGCUGUUUCUGAACUGUGCAUGCUCUUGUGAUUCAAUAAAGCUGCCGUGUAUCACCCAAGGGAAGGGAAAGGCAGGAAGCAGCAGCUACAUUUUCAAGUUCUGCUGUUGGCUCUUUUCCAGCACGGUCCCAUCACGGUCACGUGCAGGUUUGAGGCUGCUGCCUGCUCUUGCUGACUGCGCAUGCUCGUGAUUUCAAAAAUUUGCCGCGUACUGCCUGAGGGAAGAGAAAGGCAGUAACGCUUUCCACAGUUUCCACUGUUGGCCGUGUUCCGGCACGGUCCCAUCACGGCCGCGAGCAGAGACUGUGGUAGAUGGUGCAGGCUGGUUCAUGGGGUCCUUGGCGAGCCACUGCCUGGCGACGAGGAUCUCCGUGUUGCAGCUUGGGUUUGGAUGCAGAGAGCAGAUUGGUGGCUGGGCUGACAGUGGCGAUGCUCUUCCCCCUCUUCAUCACGCAAGCAGCCCAGGCACGACAGAAGCCAUCAUCGGAGGUGGUCGGGGCCGUUCAUGGGGUAGCAUAUCUCAGUCCGAGCCUGCAAAGCACCGUCUCCUACCAUGAAGUCCACUGGCGGCGCAAUGACACCUUGAACCUUGCCAUCCGGGACAGCAGCGGGAAGGUCUGGUACCGCAACAACAGCUACAGGGGACGCCUGGAGCUCUUCCCCAACAACACCCUGAAGAUCAGCCGCCUGCAGAAGAACGACAGCAGCAUGUACCAGCUGUACCUGGAGGAUGAGAUGGGCAAGGGGCUCAUUGAGAACGUCCUCCUGACGGUGUACGAGCUGGUCCCAAAGCCCACUGUGAAGGCCAAAGUGGUCACGGGUAACCCGGAGCAGUGUGAAGCAACCCUGGAGUGCUCGGUGGGGCUCGAAGGGGUGACCUACGAGUGGAUCUCCCCCUCCGAGUUCCAGUGGGACCGUGUGAGUGCUUCUGAGCUGCUUGUGUCCCUCAACCCCUCGCCAGAUACCUACACCUGCAGGGUCAGCAACCCUGUGUCCUCCAACAACGCCUCGCUGAUCUACAGGCACCCCUGCUCCUGGACAGAUGAGUCCUCCAGUGCCACAUCCUGCACCACCACCAGCGUGCUGGUGGCCCUGGCACUCCAGCUCCUCGUCCUCCUCGCUCUGGCUUGAGGCUGCUCUGCGGUUGACAUCUCUCCUCGUCUCAUCACCCCCCGCUCCUGGAUGAAGGCCCCAGCCGGGCUGGAUGCAGAACGAUGCAAAGGAACCCUCACAACCAGUGUCUGUUACAGCAGCAGCCACCCAGUCUCCUCCACAUGGGCUUCCUGCAGCCCAAGCUCGCGGCGCUCUGCCGCUGCCUUCAGGGCAGCUCCGUGCCUCAGUUUCCCUCCUCACCUUUUCUCCUUUCCUCUACUUAGAGGUCACAUCCUCCAGCCCUCAGCAGAACAGGGAUGGAGCCUCCUGCAAGGCUGUUCAAGAACCCUGGCACUCUCAUGGUUAACUGCUUGGAAACCCUCUUGUUGGCCCUGAGACCUGCAGGGAAACCCAACCUGAGCCUUUCCUGAGGCUCCCCAUGGAUGUGGGAGCUCCUUGACCAUCACCUGCUGCCAGCGACUGCCUUUACAGGGCUGAUGAGCAGUGUGACAGUGCACGACGUGUUGAACCUGCAACCAGUGACACCAGCAGGGUGCAACUGGGUGUUUCCCAGCGUGCAGGGCAGCAGCACCACAGCAUCUCGAGGGGGCAGAGCUGAGGUGGCCCAUUUGGCUGUCUCUGCAAGGCAGGGCUUGGUGGCACAGGUAUGGUCCCUAAUUCCAGCAAUGUCUGUCCAUGUAUGCAUUGAAUUGGAACCUUAAACACCAGG